UAGUGUACGUAGAAGUUAUUGAACAAAAUAUCACAUCAUCUCUCUCCAAACCACUUGUUUUAUUUUGUACAAAAUGCAACAACAACCGGAGAAAGAAGCGGCCAGAACCCUUCCACGGCCUCCAGGUAACGAUAUCGAGGGUGGGGUUGGAGUGAUGCCGGAAGCAAACACCAUGCCGGCGGGAUCUUCUGAUGGGAAGAAAUUGAAGGGUGAUCGGUUAAAGCUAUGGGCAUUUAUUUUUAGGUCAUGUGCUAUGGUCGUUUCUCUCCUCUCUUUCAUUCUUAUGGUUGCUGUUACUGACUUCUAUCUAUAUUCAGGGUUAAGUUAUGUGCUUGGUAUAGCUAUUGUUGUGAUGGUAUAUACAACAGUGCAAGUUGGGAUAAAAGGUCAUGAACUUCGCACCAAAAAGGAUGUGAUUUCACCUAAGAUUGCAAUUUGGAUCGAUUUUUGCGGAGAUCAGUUUUUGGCAUACAUGGUAUUUUCAUCCGGAUCAGCAGGGGCAACAAUGUCCAUCGAAUUAAGCAAUGAUUUUUACACAAACACAGGCUUACAACUCGUGGCAGCAUCUGUCAGCAUGUCUGUUUUAGCAUUUAUAUUUUUAGCACCUGCAGCACUCUUAUCUUCAUACCGUUUAUUCGCUAAUCUAUAAAGUCUUAAACUCUUUGUCAACUAAAUGUUGAUUUCUUAAGUUUUUAUUGUUAUUUUCAUGUUUUCAUCUUUUCUUUGAUUUGUGCUUUUCUAUUUGUCCUUAUUAGUUUAUUAGAGUAAACAUGUUUUUCUUGUUGGAUUGAUUAAUUUGUAACUUUUGAGUGCCGAUGUCAAUAUUCUUAAUACUACCAUUUUU